CUUGGAAGCGGGAGAUGCUCACCAAAACGCGCAGUCCCGCUCGCUCAGAAGCCAGUGCUGCUCUGCUCCCGCAGAGAUAGAGACAAAGAAAGAAGACAGAGAGAGAGAGUCAAAGAAAGAAGACAGAGAGAACUGGCUUGUUGCAGAGAUCCUAUACGCUUGAGGCUACCAUCCUUCCAUUCUUUUAUAUCUCAAUGCAGAUGCCAAUCCACCAACUCCUACUAUCAUGGGGAGACCAGUGCCAGGCAACCACCUUUUCAACCCAUGGAAGGUUUCGACAUGGCCUCGUUCCUCCAUCAAGGGUUCACCGGGAUAACAUCAAUAGUUGUUGGGAAAACCAUUCAUGCUCUGGCUAUCAGACGUUUCUUCAAUUUACCUAUGUUCCAAUCCAAUACAUUGAUAGAUUUAUAUUGCAAGUGUGGGAAUUUGAGUUAUGCACAGAAAGUGUUCAACUUGAUGCCUCAACGAAAUGAGGCUACUUGGAACACUCUAAUCUCGGGAUAUGUGAGAUGUGACCGUGUUUGGGAAGCCAUAGAAAUUUUCUGCUUGAUGCAAGCAAAUGGGUUGAGAAUGAAUGGGUUUGUUCUGGCAAGCAUACUCACAGCUUGCUCUAAGCUGUCGCUUGGUGAUCAUGGUUUGCAGUUACAUUCUCUCGUGGUCAAAAGCGGGUUACUAGACGAUGUUUUUGUUUCAACUGCACUUUUGUAUCUCUAUGCCACUUGCUGCACUUCAGUUUUGGUUGCAAGGCAGGUUUUUGAUGAGAUGUGUCAUCGGAAUGUAGUAUCAUGGACUGCGAUGAUGGUGGCGUGUGCAAGGCACAAUGUGCCUGAUCAAGAGAUUGAGCUUUAUCAAAAGAUGAGAUUGCAAGGCGUUGGUGCCAACCAGGGUGCUUUUGCAACAGUGAUCAGUUCUUGUGGAACACUUGGGAACAUGUUUUUAGGCGAACAAGUUAUCGGUCAUGCUCUAACUGCAGGAUUUGGAUCUGAUGUUUCUGUUUGCAAUGCCAUGAUUGCAAUGUAUGGAAACCUUGGUAGCAUAGAGGAUGCACGCUUGGUUUUUGAUCAUAUGCCAGAGCGUGAUGUUAUCACAUGGAAUUCUUUGUUAUCUGCCUAUGCACAAAGUGGUAUGUGCAAUGAAUGUUUUUUGUCUUUUACUGAGAUGCGGCUGACCAAUGCAAUACCCAAUUCAACUACGAUAUCUAGUGUCUUAACAGCAUGCUCUACCGGCUUGGCCAACUUGAAAUGGGGAAUGGGAACUCAUGGGCAUGCUAUCAAGGUGGGACUUGAUUUCAGAGUUUCAGUUGGCAAUGCUCUUCUUACUAUGUAUUCUGGUUCAGGUAGUCCUUCAGAGUCUAAGUUGAUUUUUGUGUUAAUGCUAGAAAGAGAUUUAAUUUCAUGGAACUGCAUGAUUACAUGCUAUGUUCAGAACCAUCAAUUUGAUGAUGCAUUAGCAUUCUUCUCAGAGAUGCUGAGUGCUCAGAGAAGAAUGAACUAUGUUACUUUCAUGAAUGUGUUGUCAGCAUGUUCGAAUCCUGACUAUCUGGCUGGGGGGAAAAUUAUCCACUCUCUUCUGAUAUGUGCUGGUCUUCAGGAUAACAUCGUUUUGGGCAAUGCAUUAGUCACUAUGUAUGGAAAGUGUGGUGCGACCAAAGAAGCAAGUAAUGUGUUACUGGCAAUGGAGGAACCUAACACUAUUUCGUGGAAUGCCAUGAUUGGUGGGCAUGCAGAGAAUGAAGAAACAGAGGAAGCUAUCAAAAUCUUCAAUAUCAUGAGGAAGAAUGGUGGUCAAAGUAACUACAUCACCUUAGUGAAUGUGCUUUCUGCUUGCCUUCGAAAAGAACAUUUACUUAUGUGGGGGUUGGCAAUCCAUGCCCUUGUGCUAUUCUCUGGAUUUGAGAUAGAUGAGUUUGUGAAAAAUGCACUGAUUACUAUGUAUGCAAGGUGCGGUGGGCUUGAAGUAAGUAACAUUCUUUUCAAUGAAUCAGCUACUAAUGACAUUGUCUCAUGGAAUGCAGUUAUUGCUGCAAAUGCUCGCCAUGGACAUGGUGAGGAUGCUUUAACAUUGUUCAUGCAGAUGCAUCAUGCUGGUCUCAAGUUGGAUCGUUUUAGUUUUUCAGGUGGACUAGCAGGCAGUGCCAGCCUUGCCCUCAUGGAGGUAGGCCAACAAAUUCAUGGCAUUAUCAUAAAGCUUGGAUUUGAAUCAGACCAGCAUGUUGUUGCGGCAGUUGUUGACAUGUAUGGUAAAUGUGGUGAAAUUGAUGAUGCAGUUAAAGCUUUUGACAAAACAAAUAAUCGAUGCCCUUUGAUAUGGAAUACAUUGAUAUCAAGCUAUGCGAGGCAUGGAUAUGCUGGGAAAGCUAGGAAAGCCUUCCAUGAAAUGCUGCAAAUAGGUGUUAAACCAGAUUACGUCACUUUUGUUUCCCUUCUUUCUGCCUGCAACCAUGUUGGACUGGUUGAUGAGGGGCUCCAGUACUUCUCCUUAAUGACAGAAGAGAUGGGGAUUGCACCAGUAAUGGAGCAUUAUGUCUGCAUGGUUGAUCUGCUUGGACGUGCAGGAAGGCUAUAUGAUGCAGAGCGGUUUAUUAGUGAAAUGCUUGUCCCCCCUGACAUCCAAAUCUGGCGAAGCCUGCUUGCGUCAUGCCGAAUUCAUGGGAAUUUGGAGAUUGGAACACGUGCAGCAAAGCGGCUUCUGGAAUUAGAUCCUCUGGAUGACUCUGCACACGUUCUUCUCUCUAAUAUGUAUGCGGCAAAGGGUAGGUGGCAGCAUGUUGAGAAUGUGAGGAACCAUAUGAAAUUCAAUAAUAUAAAGAAGACACCCAGUUGCAGUUGGAUCAAGGUGAAGAACAAAGUGAGUUCCUUUGGCACCGGGGAUUGGACACAUCCUCAGGCCGAGCAGAUCUAUGCAAAGCUUGGAACACUUUUGGAUUUGGUUAAGGGAGUUGGUUACAUUGCCAACACAAGCUUUGUGUUGCAUGACAUGGACGAAGAACAGAAGGAACAAAAUCUUUGGCAUCAUAGUGAGAAGUUAGCGCUUGCUUUCGGGUUAUUGAACUCACCUGCAGGAUCUACUCUGAGAAUUUUCAAGAACCUUCGCGUCUGUGGUGACUGUCAUACUGUCUUCAAGUUGGUCAGUCAAGUCACUGGCUCCAGAAUUGUGUUGAGGGAUAUGUAUCGUUUCCAUCAUUUCAAAGAUGGGGAAUGUUCAUGUUCAGAUUAUUGGUGACAUGCUCCGUCUAUAGAUUUUUAUCUGCAUAUAUUAACUUUCCUUCCAGCACGUACAUGUUCAUCUGAAAGUAUAAAAGAGUAUACCCUGGAAGAUGUUGUGUCAUUAAAAAGAUGGCUCAAUUUUUUAGGUCAUAGGGCAUGUAUGUGCCAUGCUCAUCUAUAUUACAUUAUGCAAAUGAACUUUGGAUUCUGAUUUGCUAUCUGACACAAGAUCAGUCAGAUGCAGUUGCUGCUUCAUUUCUUGGAAUCAACAUCUAGAGAUUCCGGACUAAGCAUUAUCAACGAGAGCAAACGCCCACUGGUUCUAAUUAAUGCUGCCUCGUACUAGCCCUAUGCAAACAAUUUCUGGACACAAUUUGCAAGCACUUCCAUUGGUUUCAGUUGUCUCUCUGAAAACCAAUACAAUCCACUAGGAUGGAAUUUGCUAAAAGAUAUAAUGUGGGCCUGAUCAAGACGCUGCCUCUCAGCUGCAGGGCGUGCUACCCUAAUCAAGCAUGUGCGCGUGACUAUGUGAUUCAAUCGCGUGUGGUUUCCAUUAUAUCCUCCAGGUUACAAUUUACGAAGGCAUUUCAACGCCUCACACCUCCUUGGGCUUUGCUCACGACAUUGGUCAAAGCUUUGUGAGUGCCUUGAUUGUGGAACUCCCUCCAAAUGCCAGCCAUUCAAGCAGUAGGAGGAGGUGGCAGUGACGGGGCCUCAUCCUUGAGAGAAAUUAUACUUUGUGAAGCAAGCUUUUGCAGUCAGACUCCAUGCUUCAGGAAAUAUAAACUCUGAAAAUUUUCAAGCUUCGGGAUAUAUGAACUCUGAAAUUAAGCUAAGUACUUUUCUUUCUUCCUGAUUUGCUUACAUUGUUUAAAUAUUCCCCAUGUCCUAUAUCUGCAAGUUGUUCAUUCGUACGCGUACCAUGCUAUUUUGUUUGAUUUCCUUAUCUUAUGGUCACUGUAAUUGCAAGGAAUUGAAUGAACUUCAUGGAUGUCAUUUGGUUUCCAACAUCACACCUUUAUGUUGGUACCUUAUAAGAGUCUAAUCAUAUUGUUUUCAUAAAUGAGGAAUCUGAGAAACCUGACAUGAAAAUGGUUGAAUCUUGUUCAUGGAAUCGUUUGAAAAAAUUCCUUAAUUGGUUCAUCGAUUACCUUAUUCUUAAAGUUCUUGAAGAUGUUAAGGGACUUCUCAAAACCUAACGAUGCAUGGACGUUCUUCAUCGUUCCAGUGCCUAGUAACGUUCUUUCCUGUCAGUAGUCAUUUCAGUGCCGCAAGGAACCCGUUCUGGCCCACUGACCGGUAAUGCCUCCUUACUGUUGCCAAUAGCUAUAAGAAAAGGAGCCAUGCGGCCUUUAAGCAAAUGCAAAUUAUGCAAUGACCGCAUGAGAAUGCUACUUGGUGAAAUAUUUCAAGGGUAGAAUUGUCAUGGGAUUUCUUCUAGCUUCUUUUAUAGUAAGAAAGGGGUAAUUGUUUCCUUUUUCCAGGUGACUCUACGCCGCUUUUAUUAGUAUGGUGCAGUAUCAUCUUUAAUUUAUCAGUACACUAACACGCUACUGCGUGUUUUGGUACUUUAUCGAGCUUUUUCCCUCACCGAAUGUCAGUAAUCCUGCCCUACCUGGGUACAUCUACUCAGCCUUUCAGGAAGCACUAUGAGAUCAACAAGUGACGAGAUCAAGUCUACAGUCCAGAAAAGAGAAAAAAAGCCCUGUGAAAUUGAACUUUUAUGACGAUUCAUGAAUUGCUAUUCUAAAUUCUAAUAUGUACCGUUCACGGUUUUACACGGUAACAUGUACCAUUCACGGUUUUACACGGUGCAGCAAAAAGCCUUUUAGUUUGGCUUUAGUUAA